AUGAAGGCCUCCAUCGCUGCCUCCAUUCUGGGUUUCGCCCUCGCCGCCUCAGCCGGCCCAGCUCGCAUCUACCCCCGAAACUUUUACACAAUGAUGAAGCGAGGCUCGCUACCUGUACCCCAAGGCAACGGCACCGAGACUUUCUCUGAACCCAAGGAAAUCACCGGUGUCUUUGACGGAGGCCUCAAGACAUACGGCCGCGGCGUCUCUUGCACUGGCCAAGCCGAGGGCGGCAACUCUGACGCCGUGUUCCUGCUCAAGGACGGUGCCACGCUCAAGAACGCCAUUAUCGGCAAGGACCAGAUCGAGGGUGUGCACUGCGAGGGGUCCUGCACGAUUGAGAAUGUGUGGUGGGUGUCUGUAUGUGAAGAUGCUUUGACACUCAAGGGCGAUGGCGAUGCUACUGUCAUCGGAGGCGGCGCCACAGCCGCACAAGACAAAGUCAUCCAGCACAACGGCAAAGGCACCGUCACAAUCGAAAACUUCACCGUCGACAACUUCGGCAAACUCUACCGCGCCUGCGGCAACUGCAAGGAAAGCGCUGAGCGCCACGUCGUUAUCAAGGGCGUCAAAGCCACAAACGGCAAGCUGCUCGCGGGUAUCAACUCCAACUUUGGCGACUCGGCUACCAUUGAUGCGGCGACUUGUGCGACGGGUGUCAAGGAGAUUUGCGAGGAGUUCAAGGGAACGACGCCUGGUAAUGAGCCGAAUUCUGUGUCAAAGGGCCCAUCGAGCGCUUGCAAGUUCUCCGGGUCGGUUGCUGCGUGCUAG